CAGUUCCGGCACGAACCAUUUUUGAAUCGAAAACAUUUCCAGAGAUCUGCAUUCCACAAAGAUUCGUCUGGCAACAGAAAGAGGCAGAUAUACGAGUGAUACAACUUGGAACAUCCUACCAACGAUCGAAUUACCCAUWUAAAGCGCACACACUUUCAUGUUURGAGUAUUUGGACGUCCAUUUUCGCGUAAAAUCUAUUUGUCGUCAACCAGAUGCGUAGCAUCCAGGCCGCCCGCGAACUCGUUCGGUUUUGCAAAAACCGGGCCAAAACGAACGAAAGCCGACAUAUGUAGACCGUUCCGAAUUUUGGGAGUCCAGCAAGUGGCGAUUGGAUGCAGAACAAGGGAACCUCUGGAUUUGUUAUGGAAAAGUAUUUUCGGCCUGGAACCCCAUGCUACCAAACGCAUCGAAUCCGAAAACGUCGAAGAGGACAUCCUCAAACUCGGAAUCGGACCCCACGAAGUCGAGAUCGAUUUGAUGACCCCGAUCGAUGACAAGAAAACCCCGAAGGUUCAUGCUCCGCCAUUGAACCACAUAGGGCUCUGGGUCGAUCGUCUGGAAGAAGCCGUAGAAUGGAUGGAAGAACAGGGUGUCAGGUUCACUCCCGGAGGCAUUCGAAAGGGAGCUGCUGGACACAAUGUGGUAUUUAUUCAUCCUAAGGGUAUCGAAACAGCUCCAAUAUCCGGGAAUGGAGUYCUCAUUGAGCUGGUGCAGGCCCCAGAGAACGUGAUWRUAGAAUUCAAUUCGAAUGAAUCAUGCUAGAUGCAUACAAAAACAAUUGUGUCUACCGCAAAAGUAKUGUUCGUUAGGUGACCGAAAGUAUUUGCAUACACCUAGAGUGCGCGUACUAUUAUUUCUUCCUACGGAAAAUGGACCUAUCUAGAUCAUUUUCAUCUAUAGCACGAUAAUUCGUUUCCCUACAACAAAUGCAGGCUCCUUUCCACCUUUCUUCAGACAUUCUUUUCGUUUCGAUUCGCUCUCUUUUGGCAACACGAAUGCGAGAUUCUUCAAUUCUUCGUCGCUCCCACCAGGUCGAAGUAACUCUGCUAUAAGCGAUAGAAGUUCUGUCACAUUGAUCUUGGGAGCCUCCUUUCCAGGAUUCAAUCGACGCCAUUCCUUUUCGAGCUCGUCCUUUCGAAAAUAUAAGGGCGUCUUCUCUUUCCCUUCGCCAUCUGCCACUUUGAAAUCCUCGUAGUAAAAAAGAGGYACUUUGCCCUCGGCCAAGUCAUCAUCUCCGGUCACGGUCAAAGCAUCUUCAAUGUCGUCAUCAGCGGGUGCCAUUUUGAAAUAAACACCYUUGCCAGACAUUCGCAUCGAUUUGGUAACAACGGUAACUGCGUAAUCCAGCGGGACGGUCGAGAUUCUAGCACGCUUCCACGGAUUUGUUCCGAUAUCUUCAUCCGUUUUAUCURCCUUUGCCUUCGCAAUCGCCCGGUCGGCACUGCUUUUCGCCAGUUCCAAGAUACGUUGAGCCUCUUUGUAAGUAGUGAAAAAAUAUCCGGUGACUUUUGCAUCCUCACCUACUACCGUGAAAGGUAUUCCUUUUUCGUCGACAAUGGUAAAAGUUGGAACYGGGCGGAGCAAAUCUGCAACCGCCGAAGCCGUCAUCAGGCCUUSUUUUUCCUCUGUUUGUUGUUCUGUCUGGGCAAUUGCUGCUCUAGCAAAUCCCGGGUCCGUUACGSUAAAAAAAGUCGUGGCUACCAUUCCUUUUUGAAAAAAUCGACGUCUCGACAGAUUAUCCUUCUGAGGUUCAACGCAAMCAUCUUCAUCGAUGUUGUUGUAUUGAGURCUACUGGCAUGUUUCCCCGAGAACGAGUUCAAAGCUCGUUGGUUCGGAAUAGCACUCCAGGCUUCGGCAAUCGCAAGGAUCACAAUGCAGGACGCAACAAUAGCAAUCGGAUUGCGYAUCAUUCUCGUGCCCAUUUGUAACUGCAUCAUCGAUGAAUCACACGAUUGAGAUUCACUUUCAUCGACCGCAUGGGUUGAUUCGGCGUUCCUUAUCUAAUCUAUAAUCUACUACUCGUGCUCAUUCAUUCCUCGUGAUAGGUGUUGGCGACGAAGAAUUUUUUUGACCAAUUCCCCAAACACGUGUAAGCAAAAACACCGUGCACGACUGCUACACGUCUCAAAGGAACUGAUGGAACAACCUACAAAUUUACAGUCAUUUGGGGUGCAGAKAACCGAGGAUGUUAAGUAUUUGAGUCACCAUUAAUGUUAAUUAAUACUGUUUUUUAUG